UGCUGCUUCUCCUUUAUUCCUGUCCUCGGCAGUCUUCCAGUCCUGGAGUUUCUCUUUGUCUCUUUCGUUCCCUCCCUCCGCCUUGGCAUAUGAUUCUCUCUCCUCUCUCCUCUCUGUCUUUGUAUCUGUGUCUCUGUCUCUCAGUCUCUGUGUGUCUGAGUGCCUCUGUGUCUCCCUGUCUCUGUCCCCUUUCUGUCCGUCCCUUUGUCUCUGUCCUUGGCUUCUCUGUCCCUCUUUGUGACUCUGCUUCUUCCUACCUCGUGUCUGUGUGUCCCCUUUCCCAUCUCUCAACAUCUCCCUCUGCUCUCUCCUCAGCAACUCUCUGCCCGUGACUCCGAGUCUCCUGUGAGAACUUGCUGGAGACCCGCACGCCCAGACCUGCCUCCGCCUCCAGAACCCCGGAGCCAGCCCAGGCCUGUACCUUUAAGGGCCGGCGGCAGGGGGCGGAGUUUAAACGGACCCCGCCCCUCCCGCCCCUCCCCCUGACGUCCCUUCCUCCCCGGCCCCUUGGUCGCCUCCCUCCGCCGCCGCCCCGGGCCGGCUCCGCGCCCCCUCCCCGGCCCCCGCCCGUGCACCCUCCCGCCUGCCCGCCGCCCAGAUGGCGCCCCGGGUUCCCCUUGCACGGGGCCACUAGGACCCUCGGUGUCUUCUCCCCUCCCCCGUCCUGCCCUCUCUUGCUCUCGCUCUGCGAGGACUCGGGCGUCCACGGCGCCCAGCUUUUGAGCUCGCGUCCCCAGGUCGGCUGGGGGGGGGGAGGGGAAGAGAGGGGACCCCGGGAUCCCCACCCCCCCCGCCCGGCCGCCCCUGUCCCUUUCCCUUCUGGGACCCCAGAGAAGAUGUCUUCGAGGACGGCGCUGGCCCCGGGCAACGAUCGAAACUCGGACACGGUUUCAAGUUGGAGGUUUCAACCAGGCCAGAGAGGUACAUGGUUCCAGAGUCUUGGGUUCGAAUGCUGCCUCCAUGUGCCAGAUUGCAUUGUGUCUUCAGGCUAUUGGCUCCCCUUCUCUGAGCCUGAUUCCGGCCUUGGAAACAUGGCACAUUGGGCAGUGGACGAUCUUCGGACAAAGGGCCGUCCUGGUCCAGCCGUUCCCUGGGUGCCCGUUGCCGGAACUCUAUCGCUUCCUGCCCUGAGGAACAACCCCAUGUGGGCAACUAUAGGCUGCUAAGGACCAUCGGGAAGGGCAACUUCGCCAAAGUCAAGCUGGCUCGGCAUAUCCUCACGGGCCGGGAGGUCGCUAUUAAGAUCAUUGAUAAGACCCAGCUGAACCCCAGUAGCUUGCAGAAGCUGUUCAGAGAAGUCCGAAUUAUGAAGGGACUCAACCACCCCAACAUCGUGAAGCUUUUUGAGGUGAUAGAGACGGAGAAGACGCUAUACCUGGUGAUGGAAUACGCUAGCGCAGGAGAAGUGUUUGACUACCUCGUGUCGCACGGCCGCAUGAAGGAGAAGGAGGCUCGAGCCAAGUUCCGGCAGAUCGUGUCAGCCGUGCACUACUGUCAUCAGAAGAACAUUGUACACAGGGAUCUAAAGGCUGAAAACCUGUUGCUGGAUGCCGAGGCCAACAUCAAAAUCGCCGACUUCGGCUUCAGCAAUGAGUUCACGCUGGGCUCCAAGCUGGACACCUUCUGUGGGAGCCCCCCAUACGCCGCCCCAGAGCUGUUCCAGGGCAAGAAGUAUGAUGGGCCAGAGGUGGACAUCUGGAGCCUGGGUGUCAUCCUGUACACGCUGGUCAGCGGCUCCCUGCCCUUCGAUGGGCACAACCUCAAGGAGCUGCGGGAGCGAGUCCUCAGAGGAAAGUACCGGGUCCCCUUCUACAUGUCUACAGACUGCGAGAGCAUUCUGCGGAGAUUUCUGGUGCUGAACCCCGCAAAACGCUGUACUCUGGAGCAAAUCAUGAAAGACAAAUGGAUCAACAUCGGCUAUGAGGGUGAGGAGCUGAAGCCAUACACGGAGCCUGAGGAGGACUUCGGGGACACCAAGAGAAUUGAGGUGAUGGUGGGUAUGGGCUACACACGGGAAGAAAUCAAAGAGGCCUUGACCAACCAGAAGUACAACGAGGUGACCGCCACCUACCUCCUGCUGGGCAGGAAGACUGAGGAGGGUGGGGACCGGGGUGCCCCAGGGCUGGCCCUGGCACGGGUGCGGGCGCCCAGCGACACCACCAACGGGACAAGCUCCAGCAAAGGCAGCAGCCACAACAAAGGGCAACGGGCUUCUUCCUCCACCUACCACCGCCAGCGCCGUCACAGUGACUUCUGUGGCCCGUCCCCUGCCCCGCUGCACCCGAAGCGCAGCCCAACCAGCACGGGAGACACGGAGCUCAAAGAAGAGCGGAUGCCGGGUCGGAAAGCGAGCUGCAGUGCAGUGGGCAGUGGAAGUCGAGGCUUGCCCCCCUCCAGCCCCAUGGUCAGCAGUGCCCACAACCCCAAUAAGGCAGAGAUCCCUGAGCGGCGGAAGGACAGCACUAGCACCCCUAACAACCUCCCCCCCAGCAUGAUGACCCGAAGAAACACCUAUGUGUGCACAGAGCGACCAGGAUCUGAACGCCCGUCCUUGUUGCCAAAUGGCAAAGAAAAUAGCUCCGGUACCUCGCGGGUGCCCCCUGCCUCGCCUUCCAGUCAUAGCCUGGCUCCCCCGUCAGGCGAGCGGAGCCGCCUGGCUCGGGGCUCCACCAUCCGCAGCACCUUCCAUGGGGGCCAGGUCCGAGACCGGCGGGCAGGGAGCGGGAGUGGCGGGGGUGUGCAGAAUGGACCCCCAGCCUCACCCACGCUUGCCCACGAGGCCGCACCCCUGCCCUCCGGGCGGCCUCGCCCCACCACCAACCUCUUCACCAAGCUGACCUCCAAACUGACCCGAAGGGUUACCCUCGAUCCCUCUAAACGGCAGAACUCUAACCGCUGUGUCUCGGGCGCCUCUCUGCCCCAGGGAUCCAAAAUCAGGUCACAGACGAACCUGAGAGAAUCGGGGGACCUGAGGUCACAAGUUGCCAUCUACCUUGGGAUAAAACGGAAACCGCCCCCAGGCUGCUCCGAUUCCCCUGGAGUGUGAAGCUGACCAGCUCGCGACCUCCUGAGGCCCUGAUGGCUGCCCUGCGACAGGCCACAGCGGCCGCCCGCUGCCGGUGCCGCCAGCCGCAGCCGUUCCUGCUGGCCUGCCUGCACGGGGGUGCGGGCGGGCCCGAGCCCCUGUCCCAUUUCGAAGUGGAGGUGUGCCAGCUGCCCCGGCCCGGCCUCAGGGGCGUCCUCUUCCGCCGUGUGGCGGGCACCGCCCUGGCCUUCCGCACCCUCGUCACCCGCAUCUCCAACGACCUCGAACUCUGAGCCACCGCCACCACUACCACCGCCACAGCCACCAUCACAGCCCGGGUCCCUUCUUUCUCUGGUUCCUUUCACUUCCCCAAGAGGGGAAGAGGACAGAGGAGAGGGUGCCCUGUGUCAUGACUGAAGUUUCCCUGGAUUAGAUUGGUGGACAGAGACAGUGUGGGGACACAUGACAUGAUAAGAGGGCUCAGCAGGGGGAGCUGGCACCCUCCUAGGGCCUCUGGUGGGACCCCCCUCCCCACAAUCUUGUUCUUCUGCAGGGCACCUGAGGAGACUUUGGGGACAGGAGUGAGAAGGGAAACUGAGGAAAUUCUCCCAUUCAGGGAGAGCUGCCAGGAUUAAUGACUGGAGACAGACUUGGGGGGUUCAGGGAGUUGGGGGAGUCACAGACAGAAACCUUCCCCUCACUCCCCCUUAUGAUCGAACCUCCUUCAUGCCCCAGGCUGGCGCGGGGCACUUUGUACAAAUCCGUGUAUAUACUCCUGUCCCUCUGCAGAGGUCUCUCGGGGAGCUGCUGCUGCCGCCUCCGAUUUUUAAGUUAUUGCCCCGCCCCUUCUGUCAGCUCCUCAUCUGCAGCCUGUUACUCAAUAAACAGUAGGAGUCCCUCCAACCCCGACCUCCUCCCUGGCCGACCUGGGGUUUCCCUUCUCAGCCCUUGGCCUGCAGGUGAGCCAGGGAGCUGGGGACUUGACCCCAACCUGUGGUUCUGCUUGCUGAGCCUUUGUUAUCUCAUCUUCAGAAUGGGAACAGUGGGGUUGGAGGAUGGGUCAAGGAUGACUAUGGAAGAGGGCAGAACAGAGCUCAGCCUCUUCCACGAGGCCCCAGCCUUCUGUGACACCCUCCUCUUGGCCACUCACUCCCCUCUGCCAUAUUACACUGGACCCAGAGCCUCUUCCUAUUCCAGUAAUACAUGUAUUCAAUAAACAAUCAACGACUGGUGCCGACUCCACGCUAGGCCCAGUUCUGGACAUAA